AUGUACUACCAAGUCAACGCGUGCGUCAAGGGACCGCUUCCGUUUCAGCCGUGGGUACCCGUCGUCCUCUCGCUCGACGGCCAGCGCCUCUCCGUCGAUCACAGGGAUACCACCACCAAGGCUUUUGACACGGUCGGGUGCUCGGCCACGGCCACCGACGCGCCCUUUGUCGUUCGGGUUCAAUUUCGCAACGGCAAGAAGCUAGUCCUUGACGUGGGCUCGCACGGACUCCAGGCGCAGCUCAUUCAGCAGCUGAUGACACCGUCAGCCCACAAUAACGCCGGCAGCGUCUAUGACCAGCUCGUGCGCGUCGCCACCGCCAUCAACGACCGCGCGCCACUCGCCAAGAAGUCGGACCUUCCGCCGAGCGGCAUCUCGGUCGCCGAUGUCCAAGCCCACCUUUGCGGUCUCAAAAUUGUCUAUGACCACGUAGCAGGACUCCCGUCGCCACUCGCGCUCUACGACUGGCUUCUGGACACAGAAGCUGCCUACGUGUAUUGCCACCGGGACUUGCACGGCGCGGCGCACCCCGAAGUAUACGCGCACUGCGUGUACCAGCAAGACCCGCUGAGCUACGCGCUCGGGACAACGUCAUCCGAGGAGCGCCCGGAUGCGACUACGUACGUUGGUGUCUGCGCGUACUGCAGAACCGAGUUUGAUGCGGGCACCUUACAGUGGCUACACACGGAGCGUGGUGCGAUGCUCUGCACCGCGUGCGACCACGCGCAACGACUCGACGCGUACUUCAAAAACCAGUUUGGAUCCACGGCCUACGACAUGCCGCUGCGUCUCAUUCUUGCCGCGUGCCCCAACCGCCGGUGUACGGGGCGCUUUAGUCUCGCCGACAUGCGGCGCAUGCACGAGCUCGAGGAGAGCGUCGCGUGCCCCGGGUGCCGCAAUCUUGUGACCUACGAGACAUACCAGAUCGCUACGUUUCUCCGCGAGCACCCAACGAUCACGUGCAGCCAAGUGGGUCUCCCGAAACGAACCUACACGACGCGGAUUCCGCCCGUGCGGGCGCAUGAAGGCGUCGGCAAUCGCAUCUUGACCGAACCAAAGCUGCCCGUCGACGGUCGCUGGUCGACGUACCUUGCCACCAUGCUUGUCAACGUUCAGGUGUACGUCCGAGCAAGCGCAGUGCAUGACGACGCAGCCAUCUGGCUCUUCCGCGAAGAAAUUGACAAGGCCGUCGAUAUGAUCCGAGCCCACGACAACGGCGCGUUUCCCAUCGACCUCGUCCGCGCCAUGCACCGCGACCUGCGCUUCGUCGCCAAGAUCGGCCCCAUGACACACUACUGGUCCAACCCAACCGUCGUCGCCGCCGCCAUCCGCCGCUACGAGCAGUUCAUGCACCUCUCCAAGACCCACAAGCAUCUCGUCCCGACCCUCGAUAUUGCGCUUCUCUGGCGCGUGCACAUGACGCAGCACGUGGCCUACUGCGCCUACUCGCGUGCGAUCGCCAAGAAGGUGCUGUCGCCGCAAUGGAAUAGCUACGACGACGCGGCGUACGUCAAGACGUGUGUGGCGUGGACCAAGGCGUACCGGGAGCCGUACUCGUCGUAUGUGCCGACGGGGACCGUCUGCGCGCGUGCGACGUCGUGGCUGAUGGUGUGA